AUGUCUGCUUCUCCUCUUUCCCAGCUAGCUUGCUUGAUCAAUAACUCUGUUGUUGCACUAGAAAAAGCGUGCUCCGAUAGCAAUUUGCCAUUUCCCAGCUUAGAUGAUCCAUUUUCCCCAGCUUCCGAAGCAUUUAGGGCUAAUCCUCAGGCUGAGGAGGCGACGAAAGUCAUUGCAGCUGCGGCUCACCAGCUUAUGAUGAUGGUUUUGCCACCCUCUGUUGCAUUGUAUACUUUGGUCUCUGGACAAUUCAAAACAGCUGCCCUUCGAGUUUGCGCAGAAGCCAACGUCACGGAAAUAAUCCGUGAAGCUGGUCCACAGGGAAUGCACGUCAAGGAUAUCGCGAAAAGAGCGAAUCUUAACAGUGGGAAGCUUGCUCGACUGCUGCGAUAUCUUGCUACACAUCAUGUUUACAAGGAGGUUCUCCCGGAUGUAUUUGUCAACAACCGUAUAUCCUCCAUGCUCGACACCGGAAAGGCGGUAAAUGAUAUCAUUGCUAGUCCUGAAAGCAAACACGACAACACUCCCGGAUUCGCUGCCAUCGUCGGUCACCAUCUAGAUGAGGUGUACAAGUCUUCAGGGAAUCUGUGGGAGAACAUGUCCAACCCGGUCACGGCCAACUCGGUCGAGACAAACGAAACAGCCUUCAACACCGCAAUGGACGUCAAAACUACCUUUUGGGAGACACUCGCACAACCAGAUCAGGAGUACCGACAGCGCAGAUUCGAUAUCGCAAUGAAAGGAGUAGCAGCGCUCGAAUCGGCGGACGCGAUUUUGAAAGCCUAUGAUUGGGAAUCUUUGCCAAAAGACUCAGUCGUUGUCGACGUUGGAGGCGGUGUGGGUGCUACCUCGAUGGUAUUGGCGAAGAAUAUCCCGAAUGUCAAGAUUGUUGUCCAGGACCAACCCACCGUCAUCGCAGAAGGGAGUACACCGUUCUGGGAAAAGGAAAUGCCGGACGCUCUAGCGUCCGGCCGGGCGACCCUGCAAGCGCAUGAUUUCUUCACACCCCAGCCCGUCAAAAAUGCAUCGGUGUUCCUCCUCAAACAGAUCAUGCACGACUGGUCGGAUCCCUACGCUAUUAAGAUCCUCUCCCAGCUGAGACGAGCCGCGCAACCCGACACGAAGCUCAUCCUCAUCGACAGUGUAAUCCCCUUUGCAUGCCACGACCCAAGUGCCGAUGCCAAUACAGACACCGAAAACAGCCUGAGAAUCGUCGGAAUCUCACCCAAAGAGGCGCCCAUGCCGCUGUUGGCAAAUUUCGGUGUUGCAAACGAGCUAGCUUACGUUGCUGAUUUGACGAUGUUGGUACUCUUUAACUCGCAGGAGAGAACUGUUAAGCACUUGGCGGAGCUCUUGGAUGGUACAGGGUGGCGUCUGACAAAGGUUGUACGUGAUCAGGCAGCAGGUAGUUUCCUACAACCCGUCGAGGCGGUCCCGAUCAUCUAA